AUCCCCCCCAUGCCGCCCCCCCCCCCCCUCGGCUGGCUGGCGUGUGUGGAGGACCCUGGGCAGGGAACUGAAAGGCCCAGCUCAGCCUCAGGUAGGGGCCAGGUCCCUCCCAGAAAGGCUCCGCCUCCCCAGCCCUUGGGUACAGGGCAGGCUGCCCCAGAGCCCCGCCCCCGGAGGUGGGGCAGGAGGCUCGGGACAGAGGGACCCAGACCUGUCGACCUGCUCUACUCAGGCCGGCUGCCACCGCUGCCCAUGGGGAACAGCCACUGUGUCCCUCAGGCCCCUAGGAGGCUCCGAGCCUCCUUUUCCAGAAAGCCCUCGCUGAAGGGAAAUAGAGAGGACGGCGCCCGGAAGCUGGUCGGCCUGUUUGGCACCGAGGCCAGUCCGGAUGGGGACACCACUGCCGACAAGAUCUUCCACUACAUCCCCGGAACGAACAUCCCGAGCCUGGAGAGCCAGCAAGAAAACCUGGAGCAGCCUUUCCUGAGUGUGUUCAAGGCAGGGCAGCGGAGGGCGCCCGUGAGGAGCCUGGGCGCGGUCGUGCACUACGCCAAGGUCCAGCUGCGUUUCCAGCACAGCCAGGACAUCAGCGACUGCUACCUGGAGCUCUUCCCCUCCCACCUCUACUUCCAGGCCCAUGGUUCCGAAGGACUCACUUUCCAGGGGCUGUUACCACUGAUGGAACUGAGUGUCUGCCCGCUCGAGGGAUCCAGAGAGCAUGCCUUCCAGAUCACAGGCCCGCUGCCCGCCCCCCUCCUCGUGCUGUGUCCCAGCCGGGCCGAGCUGGACCGCUGGCUCUACCACCUGGAGAAGCAGACAGCCCUCAUGGGAGGGGCGCCGUGCCGCCCCCCAGCACCCCCGCAGGUCAGUGCUGCGAACCCCACGCCCCUUUCCAUCCCCACUCUCCUCCUGCCCUUGACCCCCCUCUACCAGGGGCCCCCUGAAGACGAGCUCCCCUGGACUCUGCAGCGCAGGCUGACCCCGCUGCAGACGGCAUCAGGCCUCCAGGUGGUGGGCACCGCCAUCUGCGCCUCAAGGGUCAAGCUGCAGCAUCUGCCCUCACAGGAGCAGUGGGACCGGCUCCUGGUCCUGUACCCGACCUCCCUGGCCAUUUUCUCCGAGGAAGCAGAUGGGCUUUGCUUUAAGGGGGAGCUCCCGCUCAGCGCCGUCCACAUCAACGUGGAGGAGAGGGAGAAACAGAUCCGCUCUUUCCUGAUCGAAGGCCGUCUCAUCAACACCAUCCGUGUGGUGUGUGCCAGCUACGAGGACUAUGGCCACUGGCUGCUCUGCCUGCAGUCAGCCUGCCGCGGGGACAGGGCCUCCCCACCGCCCGGCCCCGAGAGCUUCCCGCGGCUGCGGGCGCCCCCACAGGCUGUGGGCAGUGGCCGAGGCUCACUCUCCUCUGACGGACGGACCAGCUGGGACUCAGGGUGCCCAGCACCCGCCUCCAACCACACCAGCCACUCCACGCCUGAGUCCACCAGAGGCUGCCCUGCCCGGCCCACACCGGAGCAAGCCAGCCCUGGCUGCCUCAGCGUCGGUGGGCACAAGGCAAAGCUAAGACGGGCCAGCAGCAACCGAUCACCCAGGAGCAAGGCCCAGGGCAAGGGGCCCGGCCCAGCCACCCCACUGCACCUGGACCUGACCAAGCUGAGGCUGGAGGAUGGCCCUGAGGCCCCAGACCAUUCCCUGGAGACACCGCACUCCCCGCUCUACGCUGACCCCUACACACCACCUGCCACUUCCCACCGCAGGGUCACAGACGUCCGGGACCUGGACAAGUUCCUCAGUGCGAUGCAGAGCUCGCUCGGACCUGAGCCCACGAGCCCAUUCCCCUUGGUCCCCGUGUCCGUGCCUGUCUCUGACCGCAGCUCUGCACUCUCCGGCCCCCACUUGCUCUCCGAGAAGGGAGUCCCGCAGGCCCGAGCCUUUCAGCGGCAUCGCGGCUCCAUCAAGGGCCGGGGGUCCCGGCCCUCGGACUCCCCUCAGCUUGUCUCUCCUGCGAGGGAAGUUGUGCCCGAAGCCCCGCCACCUCCCCCAGCCGCCCCCCAAGGAGCUACGACAGUGUCUGGGACAGAGCUCCGUCACCUUCCCACCAGCGGUGGCCUCGAGGAGCACCUGAGGCUGAAGGCGGGCUCGUCCAGUGGAUCUGAUGGCCACCAGGAGGCUGCUUCUCGGGACCGCCUGCCUGCAUGGACCCUGCAGAAGGGGCUGGAGCAGGACCCGGGGCUUCUUAGUGGGGCCCCAGGCACUCGGUAUCGAGUCAGGGUCUGACCCCAGCAGGUGGAGGGGGCCUCCAGGGCCCUGAGCUACCCUGGGCUCUUGAGGGGUCAGGAGGGCCUCAUCCUCAGGACACCUUGGCCAAGUUGACUGGAUGCCCAGAGGGGCCAAACCUCAGCCUGCCUCUCAGGGAAGGAAUGAGGGAGGGGACUCGGGGCAGGGGCUUCACCUGGGAGAGGGAGGAUGGCACAUGUGUAAAGGUCAGAGGGCUGAGAAAGGUUAGCGAGAGUCAGAGUAUGUGAGGCCAGAGGGCACAAGGGUCUGAGACAUCACAAGCAAGAGGCAGGAAGGCGGCCUGGGCGUACGUGAGUGUGAACGUCGGGAGAAACCGGCAAGAGACUAAACAAGA